AUGAAGAAAGGAAGUCGGAGGAACAACAUGACACACCGACUUCCUCCGCGUUUUGGCAUGCGAGUGCAAACGCCGUCGAAGCAGCGGUCGAUUUUUCAGAGCCGUCGACAUUUGAAGAAGCAGUCUUCGCGGUGUCUUUCGUGCGGACAAAGCGCCAUUGGCACAAAGUGGGUCUUCAAGAUCAAGCGCAAGGCGGAUGGGUCGAUCGAGAAAUACAAGGCACGACUUGUGGCCAAGGGUUUUCGCCAAAAGUAUGGCAUCGACUACACGGAGACGUUCUCACCCGUGGUCAAGUAUGUGACGCUGCGAAUGAUCAUCGCCAUUACCAAGCACUUUGGAUGGCCCCUCGACCAGCUCGAUGUGGUGACUGCGUUCCUGUAUGGAGUGAUGAAGGAGAAGGUGUUCUGCGCUGUUCCGGAAGGCGUCAAGAUGGAAGGUGAUUUCGACUGUCUCGAGCUGAUCAAGGCGAUCUACGGUCUCAAGCAAGCCUCGCGUGUUUGGAACGAGACCUUCGACGAGUUCAUACGCUCGAUUGGUUUUCAAGCGUCAGGAUUCGAUCCAUGUCUCUACAUCAUGACUUCGGAAGGCCAUUGUGUUUUUGUGCUGGUCUACGUGGACGAUGUCUUGGUGACUGGAAGCUCGCUCGAGAUGAUUGCGCGCACCAAGAACGACCUCAAGACACGCUUCGAGAUGACGGACAGCGGCAAGUGUGCCUUUGUUCUUGGGAUCGAGUUAUUGGACGGUGAAGAUGGCAGCGUGACUAUGUGUCAGCGCCGUUAUGUCGACGAUGUCCUCAAGCGCUUUGGAAUGGAUGAGUGCAAGGCUGUGGCAAGUCCGGUGGACGUCAGCUCUCGACUGGUUCCAAGCAACUCUGCAAGCAAGGUGGAUGUCCCAUUCCGUGAAGCAGUGGGUGCUUUGAUGCAUCUGACGACUGCAACGCGACCGGACAUCGCCUAUGCUGUAAGCUUUGUGUCACGGUUCAUGGAGAAACCCCAAGAAGAACACUGGGUUGCAGUCAAGCGCAUCUUCCGCUACCUACAAGGCACCAAGAUGCAUGGAAUCUGCUACAAGCCAAGUGCGAAGAUCGACUUUCGUGGCUAUUCAGAUGCAGACUGGGCCGGUGACCUUGCUGAUCGCAAGUCAACAUCGGGGUACACGUUCAUGCUAUUGGGUGCUCCGGUGAGUUGGGGCAGCAAGAAACAGCCAAGUGUGUCACUGUCUAGAAGCGAAGCGGAGUACAUCGCGCUCAGCCUGGCGAUCCAAGAAGGCAAGUGGAUCAAUCGCUUGCUGUGCGAGAUCAUGGCGGCUGCAAACGAAGAAGGACCCGAGCUCGUCAUCCGUGAAGACAACCAGUCGUGCAUCAAGAUGACGAAGAAUCCGGUCAACCACGGCCGCGCUAAACACAUCGACAUCAAGUACCAUCACAUCCGUGAUGAAGUCAAGCGCGGCGAAGUGAAGCUUGAAUACUGCGAGACAACGUUGAUGUUGGCGGACAUCAUGACGAAGGGACUUCACGGACCGCGUCACAAGGACUUGACGGCGGCGCUUGGCAUCCGUGCGUGUUCGGAUUGA